AUGGAAGGUUUUCUUGAAACAGUUAGAUCAUACUAUAAGGAAUUUGUUUAAACAGUCCAAAUUGAUACUACCGAAGUUAAGAAUGUUUAUAAUCAAUUCGAUACCGAAGUGAAGCAACCUGCUUGCAAGUACUAUUCUACUCUCCAUACAGAUUUAACUAAAAUUAAGAAGGACUAUAUUUAUGAUAACUUAAACGAUAGCUUAAGAUUAAACGCUUUGAUCUUCUUAACCCUUUCAACUGCUUACGUUAACAAGAAAUUGUUCAGAAGAUCCUUGAUGAGCACUUUAAGAGUUUCAGUUGUCACCUACUUCGGUCUUGGUCUUUUCUUAUACCCUGAAGUCUAUAACCCCAUCUUAUGUCUCUAAGGUGAAAGAUUUAACUGUACUGAAUGCGAAACUUAGGAAAAAAAAUCUGAAUGA